CGUUGUGCCCGUGUUGCCAUCGGCUCAGAGCGGGAGCGGCUCCAGGAGCGGCAGCGGCGCGGUCGGGGGCUGCCGGGUGCGGGUACCCUUCGGGGCGACACCCACUCCCCCGCCCACCCUACGGCCCCCUGCCCUCGGCGCUGGUGAUGACCCUGAACACGCAGCCCGGGAGCAGGAGCCCGCUGCGGCGGAGGGCCAGCACCCCGCUCCCGCGGCCAGGUGGCUCUAGGGCCACUUCGCGGGGUGAGUCCUAUCACCCCCAGCUCGGGCACACCGCCUCCGAGCCGGGCGGCAGAGUCCCCCGCGGCGGCUGGUCCCCCGACUCCUCGGGCUCCCCAAGGCUCAGGGAGCCCCGGUACCGAGUGGUGCUGCUGGGUGACCCCGGCGUGGGGAAGACCAGCCUGGUCAACCUCUUCGCCGGCGUCCAGGAGAGGGACCUGCUGGACCAGCACGGAGGGGCCGCGUACGAGCGCAGGCUGACCGUGGAUGGGGAGGAGACCACGCUGCUGGUGCUGGACACCUGGGAGUCAGAGCAGCGGGGUGAGGAGAGCCAGCGCCGUAGCCACUGCCUGCAUGUAGGGAAUGCCUACAUCAUCGUUUACUCUGUCACUGACCGGGACAGCUUCGAGAGUGCCUCAGAGCUGCGCAUCCAACUGCGCCGCGCGCGCCAGGCUGAGGACAUCCCCAUCAUCCUGGUGGGGAACAAAACUGACCUGGUGCGGUGCCGUGAGGUGUCUGAGGAAGAGGGCCAGGCCUGCGCCGCUGUCUUCGACUGCAAGUUCAUUGAGACGUCGGCGGCUCUGCAGCACAACGUGGCCGAGCUCUUCGAGGGGGUGGUGCGGCAGAUCCGCCUGCGCCAAGGGGGCAAAAAGUCCCACCUGCACCCCACGCCUGGCCAGAAGCACAAGGAGAGCCUCGCCAGCAGAGCCCGGCACUUUCUCGACAGGCUGGUGGCCAGGAACAGCAGCAAAGUGGCCCUCAAAGUCCGUUCCAAGUCCUGCCAUGACCUGUCUGUGCUCUGAGAGCCACGGUCCUGUCCCUCCACACAUGCCAGCUGGGACUCUGCUCUCUGCCAGCAGUGUGGCCAGCGGCUCUGUGAAGAGCUCAGACGGGGCUGGAGUGAUGCUGAGGAUGUGGAGCUGUUUUCACUGGUGCUGAGGGAUGCGAAGGUGCUCUGGAUCCGGCCACUCCCCUCCAAGAGAGGGAAUAAGUGGGAUCAGGUCCGUGGAGUGGAGGAUGGGAUGGGUACCUGCACUUGGGGUGGUGAGAUUUUGGAUCACAGCUGCUCCUGCAGAGCCAGAGGUGAGGGGGUGGCUGUGCCCCAGAGCAGGGCUGGAGGCUACCAGGAGUGUGGCAGGUCCCACUUGCAGUGCUGUCCUUUGCAGGGCAGCAGAGACUGGCAAGGGCACCGUGGCAUUGUCCAGCUUGGACAGCCUGGAGCCUGGCUGGGAAGAGGGGGCAGGGGAGCACCAGCAGCGUCACCUGGCACCCUGACCCUGUUGUGCCAGGGCUUUGUGCCAUGUCUCACUGGCACCAGUGUUUCUGUGCUCUCUCUGUACUGGUGUGAUGGGGAAACCCUUGAUCUGCAGAAUAAACCACAUCAGGGAGGUGCUGUUCUCUGCUGGGUCCCUGCCCUGGGGAGCCACAUCCCAGAGCCACACGGUCAGAUUGAAGCUCUGUUCCUUGCCUAUGGCCAGGGCUGAGGAUCUGCUUCCUGCUCUGGCCAGGCCUUUGCCUGCUCCUCCAUUAGCUGGAGUGUCUUGGGGCAGGGAGAGCCUCUGUCCAGGGCUUCCUUUGGCCACCCUUGCUGGAGGUCCCAGUUCUUCACCCAGUGGUCCAGCAUCGUCCCCUGUGAAGCCUCCUGCAUUUCCGAGCUCUGGAAAAGCCUGUGGGAAGGGCUGAGCUCUGCUGAGCUGCAGGUUUAAAGCCCCUGAGCACUGUGGGAGCUGCAGCCUGGGCAGGGAGCUGGGCACUUGGUGGCUCCUGGUGCCCCAAGAAGGGGCAGGGAGCAGGAGCUGAGCAGAAUGGCACAGCCAGGAAGGGACGUGCUUGGCUGCAGCAAGCAGGGAGUGACCCUGGGCACCCAGGGAGGCGAUGCUGGAGCUGUGUGGGCUUUGCCUGUUGUUUUUAGGCUGUUGUUUUUAGGCAGCAGCUGGGAUACCACGGGGGAACCUGCUCAGCAUCCCGGGCCCGAUGCCAGGGAGGAUCAGUGGUGCCCUCCUGCUCGGGUCGGGAGUUUCCGCUCGCUCUGUGGUCAGACUGUGGGGAACCACUGGCUGUGGCUGGCACAGAUGGGACACUGGGAUGGGCCAGCACCCUGUCCCUAUGGGAACCUAGUCUGUCCAGAGGUGCAAGUCCCAAGUUUUGCCCUCAGAAAUGGGGAGGUGGGUGCUCAGAUUUUUUUUCUGUGCUGCUUAGCCCAUGGCACUGCUGCUGCUCUGCUCCUACUGCUCUGUCCUAGAGCUCCCAGCUCGCCGAUUCCUGGCGCUGCUGGAGGUGAUGCUGUGGUUCACACAGCUGAGGUUGGGGGCUGCACCCGAGGGACAGGGGCUCCUUGCUGCUGCCGGUCCCUCCUGCAGCUGCAGCUGGUGUUUCCCUGUGGCAGGAGGCGGGGGAGGGAGGCCAUGGGAUGGAAAGUUGGCAGUCAGCAGAGAGGGGAGUGGAAAGAAUGAGCUCAAACCCAGAAAAAUGCAGCCGUGCUGGAGGAUGGGAGGAGUGGGAGGAGAGGCCAAGGGGGGCCACGGUGAGGCGCUGGGAAACGGAGAGAGGGUGGAAGGAGGGGGGAGGCGGGAAGGAGGAGGUGCUGGCAGGGGGCCAGGGACUGCUUGUGGUCCCCAUCUGGGCUCACUCCUGGGGAAGGUGGUGCCAGGUCUUGGUGGUACCAGCUGCUCCAGCGAGUGCUCUCGGGGCUAUCCCAGUGCCAUCAGCCUCUGGGUGGCCACUGGCUCCAGUGCUAUCCAUCCCUGGGUGGCCACCAGCCCUAGCACACUCUCCCCCCGUCCCAUGGGCUGCCGGUGCCCAGCACCCUGCUGGCUCCUCGCUGGCAUGCGGCCACCCUGGGCCAGCAGCCCCCGACUCCCCCAUCUCGCUCUGCACAGCGACGCUGCCCUUUGUGAGCAUUCCCAAGCCAGGCUGGGAUUCAGAAGGGGGCAGUGACAGGGUCAGGAGCUGUGCUGUGCCAGGGUGGGAUGCAGGGGGGUGUGGGGGCACACUGCCUUCUGCUGCCCAUCCAGCUCGGCUCUGGGAACAGCAGCUGCAGGGAGAGGGCAGCAUCCCGGGCAGGAGGCCAACCCCGCAGAGAGGGGCUCCCAGGAGGCCUUCCCAUCUGCCCUCCGCCUGAAACACGGAGCUAUGAAUCACCCCGCUCCUGAAAUAGAUUUAUUUAAAAUAUAAAAUUUAAAAUACUUUUUUUUUUUUUUUAUUAAAGACUCGUUUUUUUAAUCCCUGCUGUGCUCCCAUCUCCUCGCCCAUAGCUCAGAUCUAAACUGGGGGCAGCACCAUUUCA